GCACGACUUCCAAAUCCAAUCGUUGAGGGUCGGACCAGCCCAUCCCCCACCGACUCCCACGCGGUUCUUCGUUUAAAUUCUUCCUCGUUUUUUCAAUUCUUUUUUCAAGAAAAAAAGAAAACUCCCCAGUCUUCGAAAAUCAGUAGUGCCCCAACUUAAAUACAGAAUUUAUAGCCUUCUCGGCCAAUUCGAUAGUACGUGUAUUACCUUCUUGCUUCGCCGGCAAUCCACUCCCUCUCUCUCUAGCUCGAUCCACCGUACAAGUAGAUCGGCGGCCGAUCUCUUGUGUAGGAUAUUGUUGUUAUAUUGCCGUUAGUGGUUUGGACCGAGUCAAACUCGGCGGAUCUUUAAGUUUCUUUCUCGACUCAGAAGAGGAGGGGAGGUAUUAAAGAAAAUAAAAACGAAAAAUGGAGAACUUGAUAUCGUUGGUCAAUAGGUUACAGAAAGCUUGCACAGCUUUAGGCGAUCAUGGCGAAGACACUGCUCUGCCCACUCUUUGGGACGCCUUGCCUUCCAUCGCCGUCGUCGGUGGCCAGAGUUCUGGGAAGUCUUCAGUGCUUGAAAGCAUUGUUGGAAAGGAUUUCUUACCCCGUGGAUCUGGUAUUGUUACCCGGCGACCCCUUGUCCUACAACUUAACCGCAUUGAGGAAGGAAGAGAAUAUGCAGAGUUUGGACACCUCCCAAGGAAGAGGUUCACCGAUUUUGCUGCUGUAAGAAAGGAGAUUGCUGAUGAAACUGAUAGAGAGACGGGACGAACCAAACAGAUUUCAAGUGUUCCAAUCUAUCUUAGUAUCCAUUCCCCUUAUGUUGUGAACUUGACAUUGAUUGAUCUUCCUGGACUUACAAAAGUGGCUGUUGAGGGUCAGCCUGACAGCAUUGUUGCGGACAUCGAAAACAUGGUGCGGGCUUUUAUUGAGAAGCCCAAUUGCAUAAUUCUGGCAAUUUCUCCAGCUAAUCAGGAUCUGGCUACAUCAGAUGCAAUUAAAAUUUCUCGUGAAGUAGAUCCAAAAGGGGAGAGAACGUUUGGAGUUCUUACGAAGAUUGAUCUUAUGGACAAGGGUACCGAUGCUGUUGAUAUCUUGGAAGGCAAAUCCUACAAGCUACAGUUUCCAUGGAUUGGUGUUGUAAAUCGUUCACAGGCUGAUAUUAACAAAAAUGUGGACAUGAUUGCUGCUAGGCGUAGAGAGCGAGAGUAUUUUUCUAGUACCCCAGAGUAUAAGCAUCUUGCUCAUAGGAUGGGUUCUGAGCAUCUUGGAAAAAUCCUUUCAAAACAUUUGGAGGCUGUUAUCAAGUCUCGGAUUCCAGGUCUCCAGUCACUUAUCAACAAAACUAUUAUAGAACUAGAAACAGAGUCGAGCCGCCUUGGGAAGCCUAUUGCCACUGACGCUGGGGGAAAGUUAUACAUGAUAAUGGAAAUAUGCCGUUCUUUUGAUGGAAUAUUCAAGGAACAUCUUGAUGGAAUCCGAUCUGGUGGUGAUAAAGUGUACUACGUCUUUGACAAUCAACUACCUGCUGCAUUGAAGAGGUUGCAAUUUGACAAGCAUCUUGCAAUGGACAAUGUGAGGAAGCUAAUCACUGAAGCUGAUGGUUAUCAGCCCCAUCUUAUAGCCCCUGAACAAGGGUAUCGUCGUCUCAUUGAAUCUUCUUUGAUUACCGUUAAAGGUCCUGCUGAGGCUGCUGUUGAUGCGGUUCAUGCUAUACUGAAGGACCUGGUUCACAAGUCAAUUAGCGAGACCAUGGAGCUAAAACAGUAUCCCUCGCUCAGAGUUGAGGUCGGAAGCGCAGCUGUUGAAUCAUUGGAGCGGAUGAGGGAUGAGAGCAAGAAAGCAACUCUACAGCUUGUUGAAAUGGAAUGUAGUUAUCUUACUGUUGAUUUUUUCCGGAAGCUUCCGCAAGAUAUUGAGAAGGGUGGCAAUCCCACGCAUUCAAUUUUUGAUAGAUACAAUGAUUCAUACCUUCGACGAAUCGGGUCAAAUGUGUUGUCUUACGUCAAUAUGGUUUGUGCAACCUUAAGAAAUUCCAUCCCAAAAUCAAUCGUUUAUUGUCAAGUACGUGAGGCCAAACGCACCUUACUCGAUCAUUUUUUUACUGAGUUGGGCAAAAAGGAGGGAAAGCAAUUGGGUACUCUGCUGGAUGAGGAUCCAGCAAUAAUGCAGCGACGGGUCUCUCUCGCAAAGAGAUUGGAGUUGUACAGAGCUGCUCAGGCGGAGAUUGAUACAGUUGCCUGGUCCAAAUAGAUAAUGUGGGUCAACGGUUUUCCUUGCAUACUUCUAUAGCAGGUGAUCGGAAUUUAGCGGUAGGAAGCUGCAAUUCUUUGAUUGACACGCCAUUCUUUCUAUGGUUAUACUGAGGGAAGAGCUACUGGCAUGUCUGCCUAGCCUUUCUUACACGUGUGAGCAGGUGGACGAGGGGAAAAUCUAUUGUAUCCUGGUGUAGAUUUAAUAUCCAUACGCGACCAGAAAUUUUUGUCGGUUUCUGGAGUGCGCUUAUUAACCAGCAUCUUGAUGUGUUGGGAGUGUUGUUUUACUACAACCAGUGUAUCUCAUUCUCUGUCUGAUUGAUUUUUAUUCUUUCACUUGAUCAUAAGCCAGCUUCAAAUUAGAACCC